UAUCAGCCUUGUAUUUCUGUUCCCCCUUAUCUCCCUUCCAAACCAACUCUCCAUCUCCUAUACACAGCAGGAGUCUCCACAGGGGAAGCCAACCCAAGCCAUGUCAAUCAUGGCUUCCUCUUCACUACAUUCCUUCAUUCAAAUCCCAACCUUCUCUCAAAAACUCACUACCUCUCAAAACAAUCUCCACUUUGCUAUAACAAAAAGAGACAAAGAAUUAUCUUCUUCUCCUUCCCACAACAUUCUUCAAAAAUCACUUCCUUUAGCUGCUUCACUCGCAAUUCUUCUCUGGUCAACACCUGCACAUGCUGGAUUCAUGUCAGGAAUCUCAGGACUAGAAGCUGUUCCUGGUCCUCAGCUUCCUAAGAUUGAUUUCCUCAACAGAAUAAAUGAAGAAAACCAGAAGAGAUAUGCUGAGAAUGAUGCAAGAAUCAAAGAGUCUCCGUUGGUGAAGAAAUUGCUUGAGCAAUCUAAGUUGAAUAAAGAAAAGAAUAGUAAGGAAAUAGAGAACAAGUACUGCUUGCGUGGUGCAGAAUGGGGAGUUGGUGAUUGUUCAGCAGAAGGAAUGACAAUAGAGGAGAGGGAUAAAUUCAUAGCAAUGUUGAAAGAGAAGGUUGGAGAAAAGUAAUAUGAUGCAGCUAGGAUCAUAGAAAAGAUACAAAAUGUGAAAAGGUUUAGGCCUUUUGCAGAGAUUCAAAAUUUUGUUUUUGAAUUCUACUUAUUGUACAAUGGACUAUUAUUAUGUAUGAUUUAAAAGACAACACUUGCUAUAAAUUUUGUUACUAGUUUAAA